UUAAAAUGAUGAUUAUGUAUUGGACAAUAUUUUUGUUUAACGCCAAUUUGGGUUGUGCACUUAACAACGAUGUAAUCCAACCAGACCCUGUGAUGGUUACACACCUGGGACAAAGUGUAUCUCUCACUUGCUUUUGUCAAUCUAAUUUAAUGGUCAGAGUCUCUUGGUUCAAACAAAUUGUUGGACAGAAGCCUCUUCUCAUGGCAUCAUCAUAUUAUCGCACUCAAAAGGCUUUUUAUUACAACAAUUUUACCAAGGACUUUAAUGAGACUAAACGUUUAAGUGUGAAGAGAGGAGUUGACAGCUGUAACCUGACCAUCUCCAAGACAGAGUCAGGGGACUCAGCUACAUACUACUGUGGUGCUAUGGAAGUGGGCGAAGUCAAAUUUGGAGAAGGAACUUUUUUAAUUGUCAAAGAUUCAGGGUCCAAGAGCAUGUCUGUGAUCCAGCAGCCUGUGUCUGAGUCAGUCCAGCCAGGAGACUCUGUGACUCUGAACUGUACAAUACACACUGAGACCUGUGCAGGAGAACACAGUGUCUAUUGGUUCAGACAUGGCUCAGGAGAAUCCCGUCCAGGAAUCAUUUACAACAAUGGAGACAGGAGUGAUCAGUGUGAGAAGAACCCUGAGGCUGGGUCUCCUACGCAGAGCUGUGUCUACAACCUCCUCAAGAGGAACCUUAGCCUCUCUGAUGCUGGGACUUACUACUGUGCUGUGGCCUCAUGUGGGGAGAUACUGUUUGGGAACGGAACAAAGCUGGACUAUGGUUGUAAGGAGGACCAUGUUCUCUUGGUGUACUGUUUGGGUGUAGCGUUGGCUCUUUGUGUCAUCCUCAUCAUUGUCCUUGGUUGUGUUUUGUAUAAGAUGACCAAGAAAACAUCUCUGCUGUCCCAAGGAACGCAUCCUCAGCUAAGUGGUACGGCAGUCCCCAGUUCACAUAACCAGGAUCAAGAAGAUGAUGACACACCCACGUCGGUCCAUUACGCUGCUCUGAAUGUCAUCCACAAGAAGCCAAAGACCCAGAGACAGAGGAGUGCCAUGGAGAGAGACACUGUGUAUUCUGGGGUGAGGUGCCAAAACAUGGACUGAAACAUAGAUUUACCUCCUUUAAGACUUGCAUUGCUUUUUCUGUUACACAUUGUGUUUUUAUCAUUAGAAUUGUGUUACAAUUGCUUGUAUUCUG